AUUUAAAUGAUAUAAAAGGAAAGUCGUCAAGUUAUAUAUCAAAAACAGAAACAAUGUCAACUUAUUCUCUAUUACUAGUUUUAUCAAUACUAGCUUUAACUAGUGCUGAAGAUACUAGUUGUACUAUAACAGAUUAUUCAGAUGUGGAACAUAUUGUGAAAAACUGUACUACUAUAACUGUGAGCAAUCUUCACGUACCGGCUGGACAAAAAUUGAUACUACAUUUACAAACCGGAAGCAAACUAACUUUCGAAGGUACCAUCACGUUCGAAUACCAUGAAUGGGCCGGACCUUUGAUAGAAAUAGCUGGAACAAACAUACAAGUGAUUGGUGCGUCUGGGCAUGUUUUCGACGGUGAAGGUGCUAAAUAUUGGGAUGGUAAAGGAGAUAAAGGAAAAAAGAAACCUAAAUUCUUCAGAAUCAAACGCGCUAGUGGUAAAUUUGAGAAUAUUAAUCUACUUAAUUGUCCUCAUCAAUGUGUUUCGAUUUUACAUAGUGAAUCUUUGACUUUAUCUAAUUGGAACGUUGAUGUAUCAGACGGAGACGCGAAUCAACUCGGUCAUAAUACUGAUGGAUUCGAUAUUUCGGACACUGAUCAACUAACCAUCGAAAAUAGCGUCGUUAAGAACCAAGACGACUGCGUCGCUGUCAACUCUGGUAAGAAUUUACAUUUCAAUAAAUUGUAUUGUUCCGGAGGUCACGGACUCAGUCUUUCCAUCGGUGUUAGUACAACUGAUUCUUCUAAGAAUUACGCGGAAAAUGUCACGUUUUCUAACUGUAACGUGGUUAAUUCUCGUAACGCUAUUCACGUCAAAACCCACACGAAUGCUGCUACAGGAUAUAUCAAAAAUUUGACUUACAAAAACAUCCAAAUAUCAGGUAUUACUCAUUACGGAAUCAACGUACAGCAAGAUUACAAAGGCGGUUCUUCCUCUGGAAAUCCGGCUAAUAAUAUACCGAUUACUAAUAUGGAAGUUUCUAAUGUUUCUGGAUCAAUGAUAUCAUCGGAUGCUAUGCCCGUUUAUAUACUAUGCGGAACCACGGGGUGUUAUAAUUUCCAAUGGUCUGGAAUAGAUAUUACUGGUGGACAGAAAGAAAGUCAAUGCAACUAUCAUCCUUCUGGGUUUUCUUGUUGAUUCUAUUGUUAAUUUCUAUUUAAAUGAAUAAACUAUUUCGAAAAUAUCA